AUGCUGGCUGGCCAGCAGGAAUGCUGGCUGGCUAUCAGGAACGCUGGCAGAUACACUCGCUGGGUUGCUGGCUGGCCGGCAAAAAUGUUGGCUGGCUGGGAUGAAUGCUGGCAGGAACGCUGGCUGGCCGGCAGGAACGAUGGCUGGCUGGCAGGAACACUGGCAGGAUCGCUGGCAAGAAUACUUGCUGGCUGGCAGGAACGUUGGCAGAAGCGCUGGAUGGCUAGCAGGAACGCUGGUAGGGACGCUGGCUGGCUGGCAGGAACGCUGUCUGGGUGUCAGGAACGCUGGCAGGAACGCUGGCAGGAACGCUGGCUGGCCUGCAGGAAUGCUGGCAGCAAUGGUGUCUGGCAGGCAGGAAUCCUGGCUAACUGUCAGGAAAGCUGGCAGGAAUGA